AUGGGAUGGAUAUUUAACAGUUUGUUUUUUGUUUUCUUUUUUUUCUUUUUCUUUUUUGUUCAUUUUUUAGUUUGUUCUUUUUGUUUAUUUUUUAGUUUGUUGUUUUUGUUCAUAUUUUUACUUCUUUUUUGUUCUUUUUUCCCUUUUUUAUUCUUUUUCUUUCUUUUCCUUCUUUAUUUCCCUUUCUUUUUCUUCCUUUUUUCUUUUUCUUCCUUUUCUUUCUCUUUUCUUUUUUCUUUUUCUUCCUUUUCUUUUCCUUUUCUUCCUUUUCCUUUUCCUUUUUCUUUUCCUUUUCCUUUUCUUUUCCUCUUCUCUUUUCUUUUUUCCUUUUCUUUUUUUCCUUUUCUCUUUUCUUUUUUUCCUUUUCUCUUUUCUUUUUUCCUUUUCUCUUUUCUUUUUUCCUUUUCUCUUUUCUUUUUUCCUUUUCUCUUUUCUUUUUUCCUUUUCUCUUUUCUUUUUUCCUUUUCUCUUUUCUUUUUUCCUUUUCUCUUUUCUUUUUUCCUUUUCUCUUUUUCUUUUUCCUUUUUCUUUUCUUUUUCCUUUUCUCUUUUCUUUUUUCCUUUUCUCUUUUCUUUUUUCCUUUUCUCUUUUCUUUUUUCCUUUUCUCUUUUCUUUUUUCCUUUUCUCUUUUCUUUUUUCCUUUUCUUUUUUGUUCUCAUUCUUUCUUCCUCUUUUUUUCUUCAGUUUUCUCUUUGUUCUCUCUUUUUUUCUUCAGUUUUUUUUUGUUUUUUUUUUUUUCAUAUUUCCUUUUAUUUUUAUUUUGUUCUCUUUUAUUCUUAUUUGGAACAAUCAAAAAACAAAAAGAAUUUUUCCCCCCUUUAUUUUUAUUAG